CGGUCUCUUGCUGGGUUCUUGACGACCAUCGUAUUUUCCAUGCCUUGCCAGCCGUUGCACUGACGGUUUCGGCUCGGCAGGCAGACUCGAUUGAGUUCGAUCGCGUACACACACACACACACAUUCGAACAAACCAAACCCAUGCUGCUGCUGAGCGACUUUUGCCGGGACGGACGCCACCAACGCGGGGAAAGCGUUGCCGUGGACGUCGGGGUCGACUUUGCGCUCGCUCCGGGACGACCCACCACGAGCGCAAGGGUCUCCCUGGAGGCCCUCAUGGGGCUCUUGCUCCGAGACGGAGACUACGCCCGCAUCGAAGCGCACCGAGGCGGCGGCAACGACAGCGACAACGACAGCGACAACGACAGCGAAUCCGCGCUGCACGGGGCAGUGGUCCGGCUGGAGCUCAUGGACGAAGACGAGGAGGAAACGUGGGCGUUGUCGCUGGCGGACGAACACCAAAGCCGCGGCAGCAAUGGCAGCGGAAGCGAUCGCCACCACUUCUGCUACAAGCGCCCCCGCAGUCAGAAGGAUUCCCCGCCCUCCCUGUGCGUCGUCUCGCCCGUCGUCCUGGCCAACCUCGGGGUCUCUCCCCUGGCCAUCGCCGCGGAGGCAUCGGGAAACGACAGCGACGGCGACAACGACAAGGCCGGGGAUGCGGUGUCCUUCCGGCUCGUGGCCUUUGGUGGCGCGGCGAGGGUUGCGGACCGCGUCCUCCUCCGGCCCCUCGGCCGCCGGCCCGAGUGGCCCUAUUUUCCGCUGGCGCCAGCGCGGCCGGUGCACGCGGGUUCCAGCCACCAAGACCACGAUGACGGCGGCGACGACGGUGACAAUGCCUCGGCCGGGGAAAGCGAUUCGGAAGGAAGUAGCACCAGCAACGACGACGACGCGUGGAUCUUUCCGUCCCGCGACGGAAUGCCACUGGAAGAAUCCACGCUCUGCGGCGUUGCGGUUCCUCCCCCGUCGCACCACCGGGAAGACGAGAAUGGCGGAGAAUCCGGCCGUCCCAGCGGAGACGCCUUGCUGCACUGCUACGAGGUCCUCCGCAUCGAAGGCGACGGCGGGGGCAGCGUUGUGGACGACGGCGGCGAACGCGGUGGUGGCUUCUGCAUCACGGGACCGGACACGGAAUUCGAGCUGGACGGCGAGCCCAUUGCUUUUUUCUCGUUCGUUCGGCGGCUGCCGCAGGUCCUGCCCCCGUUCGCCCGGUCCGGCGACGAACCGACCGCAGUCGGUGCCGGAGGUCCCCCCCACCCGGACUGGCGGAGGGUGGCCGAGGCGCUCUUUCACGCCCCCCUGCUUGGAGACGUUGACGCGGCGGCGAUGGCGAACGCGGGCUGCGGCGUUGAAGCUGCUGCUUCCGAAGGCGCGGCCCGGGUGCUGCACCUGGUCGGAACCGACCGGGAGCACGGCCUCCGGUCCUGCGUCGAGCAGGCCUCCGAAAGGAUCGGGAUGCGGUGCCUCUCGGUCCGUGGCCUGGCGGCCUUUGGCUACGAGCGGCGGCGCCGCAAGGGGAGAAAAAGCCCCAUUCGGUCGGAAGCACCCGUUUCGGUCGGAUCGGCGACGAUCGAGCAGCAGCUCGCCGGGAUCGAGUCCGCCUUUGAUUGCAUCCGGAGCCGGCGGAUGGAGCCCUGUUUGCUGCACUUUUGCGACGUCGACGAGGAGCUGGCGGCGUCUGCUUCCACCGGAGACGAAAGCCUCCGCUGCCAGACCGAGGACCGGUUCUGGUCCAAAUGGAUGGAGGGACUAGCGCGGGCUCCCUGGAACGCACGACCCGGCAACGGCCCUUGGCACGGCAGGGCACCGAGCCCUCCCGGUGGCGAAGGCAUCGCCGACGGGGUGGAUUAUCGAUAUACGCCCCGGGUCCUCGUCGUAGUAUCCACCACCGCUCCCCUGAAAAAGGGUCCCUGGAUGGAGAGAUUGGUCUUCCCCUCCAUAACCCUGUCGCACCCCGACGAGAGCUACAUUCGCUAUCUGUGGGAUCAUCCCGCAUCCAGCUCGGUUCGCAACAUCGGGAGAAACGAGCAGGCAGGACGGUUUGCGGACGAAAUGAUGCCACUCCUGCGGGGGCGUCCGGUGCGGGAGAUUGUUCGGCUCCGGCAGGCAAUGCUAUCGGAACUGGCGAAAGACUCCGCCAGGGGCAGCAGCGGGGGAGGUGGCGAUGGCGAGAGUGAUGGUGAUGGCGAUGGCGAUGGCGAGAGCAAUAGCGAGAGCAAUAGCGAGAGUGACGGCGACGGCCACGGCGACGAUGAAACGACCGUUCACCUCCGGAGGCUCUGCAACGAGUUCGACGCGGGUCGGCGAAAGAAGUCCUCCGAUGUUUCAUUGAUUUCAAACGUGUCCUGGCAAGACGUGGGGGGACUGGACCAUGUCCGAGCGGAGAUCAUGGACGCCAUCGAACUGCCACUGAAGCACCCCCGCCUCUUUCCCCGGAACACCGGUCGCUCCGGAAUACUCCUGUUUGGCCCGCCCGGAACGGGAAAGACGCUGGUGGCCAAGGCCGUCGCAAACGAGUGCGGCCUGCCCUUUCUGUCCGUCAAGGGCCCCGAGCUCCUGGGAAGCUACGUCGGCGAGAGCGAGGCCAACAUUCGCAGGGUCUUUGCGUCCGCACGCCUGGCCGCCUCGAACAACCUCCCCAUCGCGGCCUCGAUCCUGUUCUUUGACGAAAUGGACAGCCUCGCACCCCGCCGGGGGGAAACGGACCACGGCGGGGGCGUCAUGGAACGGGUGGUCGCCUCGCUUCUGGCGGAACUGGACGGCGGCAGCUCCGGCUCCCCGCCGCAGAACGGCCGGGUCUUUGUCCUGGGCGCCACCAACCGCCCCGAUCUCCUGGAUCCGUCCCUGCUGCGCCCCGGUCGGCUGGACCGUCUGGUGUACAUGGGCAUCCCCACCGACCACGGGGAACGGACGAGGGUGCUCGCGUCCCAGCUCCGAAAGAUGAAGCUCGAAGCCGACCCAAUGGACCUGGCCGGCUCCGUGGUGGAGCGGUUGCCGCCGAGGCUGACGGGAGCCGACAUGUCCAAGCUCUCGAGCGGGGCCAUGCUCCACGCGAUCCGGCGGUUGUGCCUCGAGGCCGACCGGGCACGRGACGAACGAGGCGGUGGCGUUWCGAUCGAUCGGAUCCUGGAAGAAUGGGGCGAGGAAAAGUGCACCCCCGUCGUCACCCUGGACGACCUGCUGCUGGCCUCCGCGGAGGUGUCUCCGAGCGUAUCGGAGGAAGAAMUGAAGCGCUACGAGCGGCUGAGGAUGGAGCACUGCUCGAGCCCMCGGGCCACAUAGAACAAAAACAACAAACGSCUCGAGCGGUCUUUUGAACGACAAACAGUUUGCUUUCCGGGACCUGUCAACAGAGAGAAAAAUAUACAUGGCUAGUUAUA